AUGCUGGAUUUUCUUUCUGAAAUGGAAAACUUCCUCAUGCUUGCUCGUAAUAGCCAUUCAUAUAUUGCAACAGUGAUUCAAAAGUACUUUGAGAUCCACAAUGGCAUGAGUGGAGCUGAGUUCUACGGGAUGAUUACGGAUAAAUUAAAAAAGCUCAAGGACUCUGAUAAUACCUUUGACCAUUCUGCUGAAAACUUGCUCAAAAAGGCAGUGAGUUUGAAGAGCCAGCAUGAAGAAAUGAUUCAUAAUUUGCAAGUCGAAAUCAAUAAACUUAGUAAGAAGGAGAAACGCGCGAAGUCAUGGAAGAACGUCGCGUUUAUGAUAUUUGUAGGCGCUGUGGUUGGUUUGGCUAUUGCGGAAUUAGUCCAACGGGAAGUAAAUGAGGCGAGGCGUAAGGAAACUAGAGUUGCCAUUAAAGAAUUGGGUAACAUUAAGUCUUCGAUUGAUGGUGUUAUUAAACAGAUUAAUUCAGUCAUGUACAAUCCAAGCUCUGAAAUGGAUCGGGAACAAUUAGAUUUCAGAAUGAAGGAAAUCAAGAGCAAGCUGGGAGCGUUUCUGAAUAAGGUUGAGGAUUUGGAGAAGGACGUAGAAAAGACCAAAAAGGAGAUAAGGAAGGCACGGGAUGAUGUUCAUAUCAUGGACCUGCAUGCACCCAGGUCACGCAGUCUUGAAGGCUUAGCUCGAUCUGACAUUUGA